AUGCCUAGUUUUAGUUUAUAAUGCGAACAUUUUGAAAUAAAUUAAAAAAGAUUUUAAUUUUUUCUUGAAACAAUUAUGGUAAAAACUAUAUCGAUGUCAAUUUUAGGCAAGAGGACCAAAGAAACACAUGAAAAGAAUCACAGCACCCAAAAGUUGGAUGCUUUCAAAAUUAGGAGGAAAUUGGACCACAAGACCAUCAUAAGGACCUCAUAAAUUAAGAGAAUCAAUUCCACUUUCUGUCAUAUUGCAACAUAAAUUGAAAUAUGCCUUGUAUGCUAGAGAUGCUACCAUGAUUCUUGCUGAUAAGGACGGCAACAUUAAGGUUGAUGGAAAAGUGAGAACUGAUAGUGGAUAUCCAGUCGGAUUAUAGGGUAUCUCCUUUUCAUAUCAUCCUUAUAGAUGUCAUUACAAUUGAUAAGACAAGAGAAAAUUAUAGAGUUUUAUAUGAUGUUCAAGGCAAAUUCAUCUUAAAAUCCAUCAAACCAGAGGAAGCUAAAUUCAAGCUUGUUAAAGUCACCUAAAAGAAAGUUGGUCCAAACAAUGUCCCAUACAUUGUCACCAAUGAUGCCAGAACCAUCAGAUAUCCAAAUCCAGAUAUCCAUGUUAAUGACACUCUUAAAAUCGAUUUAGAAUCAGGAAAGGUUGUUGAAUUCCUCAAAGAAGAACCAGGUAUUACGAAAUUACUAUUCACUUUAGGAAAUUUAUGUUACAUCAUUGGAGGUAACAAUAUUGGAAGAGUUGGACUCAUUCAACACAGAGAAAGACAUCUUGGAUCAUUUGAUAUUGUCCAUGUUAAAGUAAUCAUUCAUUUCAACAUAUCACUAGGAUUCUAACGGAAAACACUUCUCCACCAGAAUCAACAAUAUCUUCACUAUUGGUAAAGGCAAAAAGUCAUUGAUCUCCCUCCCAGAUGACAAUGGUUUGUAUUUGACAGCACUUGAAAAAAAAUAAGUCAAAGAUCACUAGGAAGUUGAAAAGUAAUGAUGAUUCAUUAAAACAUAUCAGUAUAGUACAAAAUUAUCUAUCUAAUCAU